GAAUUCUAUAUCUCGGAGAAAGCCGUCCGGGGUUCCAUCUACCUAUCGCCCCCCGUCGUUCCCGUCAUUGCUCAACCUCCACCCAUCACACAACACCACAACACCACGCUCUCUCCCGUUUCCUUAAUUCUUCCACCUUUCAGUCCAAACCAACAAAACUAAACAUCGCGAGCAUGGGCGCCUGCGCAAGCUGCUUCGAAUCGUGCCUUGGCACCCGUCAAAAAGACGACCCGUCGCGCGCCGCGCUGCUCAACGACCCCACCGCCGCAGUGAACUACGGGUACAAUUCGGGCUAUCCGCCGUCGCCCACCGCCGUCGCCGUACAGGACCCGCAGCAGCUCCUCCACGAGCGCGAAUACCUCGACCGUCUCGUCGUCCAGACGUCCGAAAACUUAAUCGACAUCUUUGCGCCCCCGAUGCUCGCUGGCGCCCCGAGUUCAAUGAGUAUUACGCCCAGCAGCCGCGGCGAGUGGUAUCGUAACCUGCUGGAGCGCACUAGUCCUCCCGCGCCCGCGGUUGAGGUGCUGGUGCUGGGCGAGGCGAAGGAGGUCGAUGCCGAUGAGAGGGUGUGGUUGAGGGGCCUGCUGGAAAGGGGCGAGGAUGCGGUUAGAGAGCUGGCCAGGGUUAGGGAGGUCGGCGCGUUGGUCGUCGGUCUGGAUAUGGACAUGUGAGGCUGACGCGGAAGUACGAGCGGUGAUGGCCGCGCGAUGACAGUGGCCGGCGCUCGUAAUUUCCGCCUGAGAAUCCCGUCGGGGAAAGACUUGUGAUGCUACAGUCCGGUUUCUGAGGGAUAUGGUAAUAGUGGGAUAGCGGGGGAUAUGGACGUAAUUGGUCUUGAGUUUCUGCAUUUUGGGAAUAGGGGUGGGCAUGGAUGGAAGGGCGUGAAGGACAGGGAGGAACACAGGUUUGUGUAGGGUAUGGCGUUGUCUAUCGGGUUUCUUUUUCUUUUUUCUUUUUCACAUUUCCUCUCGCUAGGUGGAUUUCCUUUGUUUGUGCUGGUCUUGUUGGAUUUACUAAUUCUUAGGGUCUCAUUGAAGUGCUACGGCGCUUCACUUCAUUCUGUUUUCCAGUCUCGGGCUUGUCUUGUAGAUAGUCCUCUAUUCAUAUACUUAUGUCUCCAUGUCUUUGCGUUUGGACAUAGAGGUUCAGUGGGG